CACUUCCACUUCAGUCCAGCGGUGAUCACGCAGUCAGAAGCAAGCAAAAAAAUAGUCAGUGGCACGAGCUUGUGUUCGGUGCUGUCUUGUAUCUAAAGACGAACGGCCCUGGUGCCAACUGUGAAUCUGGUGACUUUAGUGAUUGAGUGAUUAGAGAUGGAGGAGACGACCAGCACCAAGACCGACAUCAAGGCUAAGAUAUCGUUUAGUGUGGAGUCGUUACUGUCCAACACGAAACGUGUAGACGAUGAGGAAAGGGUUGAAAGCGAGGAAGAAUCUCGACUGGAUGAAUCCAGCGAGAUCCACGACGAAGACGAUGAAGAGAAUAUAACUGUGGACGAUGAGGAUACCGACGGGAGAGAUAGUCUUAGUCCUACGUCGCCACACACAGUCCUAAUACCGCAACCUCUGCAUCCUUCGUUACCCAGGAUUCUGUCCAGUGGUGGUCAUCCCCAGUGGCCUUUUACUUGGGUUGGACAUGGGAUGAUGAGAUCCUCUUCCCCACAAAGUAAGUUUGAAUAUGAACAUGAAGUUCUUCAUUUGAACGAAACUGACCUCAGACUAUUGAAACUUCAAUUGACAUCAAGAUUCAAGACGAGCUUAUACACCGGUCUCCCAAACAUGCCCCAGAAUGGAGUGGGCCCCCCGAUCGUAAGAUGCGCCCUCCGCAAGCACAAACCGAACAGAAAACCAAGGACGCCCUUCACCACCCAACAGCUGCUCGCGUUGGAGAAGAAGUUCAGGGACAAGCAGUAUCUGAGCAUAGCAGAGAGGGCGGAAUUCUCGAGUUCUCUGAGACUGACGGAAACACAGGUCAAAAUCUGGUUCCAAAACAGACGCGCCAAGGCAAAACGACUUCAGGAAGCCGAAAUGGAAAAGAUUAGACUUUCCGCGAGGCCCCUUCUACCACCCAGCUUCGGCAUCUUCCCCGGAGGCAACCCACCCCUAGUUUCACCCUUUCUGGCCGCGAUGGCGCACAGGCCGCAGCAUUUCGGGUUCCCCGGAAUGACCGGACCUAUCCUCAACAUACCGCAAUGACGAAGGCAACAGUUCGAACCGUGAAUCGUCUAUUUUUCCGUUAUUAUUUAUUUGAACCUUGCAAUAUAGCGAUUUAAGAUGCAGGGCCAUAGAUGGGCGCUGCAUCUUCCAUCGUCCAAAACUUUUUGGUUUUGCUGUGCAAUUCUGCCUCAUAUUGAGAUAUAUUUUGUAUAAGACUGAUACUACUAUCUUAUUUAUAGUAGAUUUUCGAUGUAAAUGUGUAAUUAUUGGACUGUACAAAGUUAUUGAUAUUAUGAUUUGUUGUAUGAUACUGUACAUAGUGAAGAUUAUAUUAUUAUUAAAUGUUUUGUUUCUA